AUCUGCGGCUUGUAGAGCGAAUGCUGUUGUAAACAAAUCUUGACGUGGAGCUUGGUGUGUUAUAGAUUGUUGAAGUAUGAACCUUUCGGCGUUUUCUAAUGAGAACUUUGACGCCAAAGAGUGGAUCAAUAAUGCCUUCCAGGCGCCAGAAGCUAAAGAAAAUAAGGAAGCAUACGCGUCUGAAGUGGCAUUCAAGCUUCAACUGUUCAUUCAAGAGAUGAACAGCGCUUUGGAGGAAACCGCCCAACAAGUGCAACAGAAUCUACCAAGGGUGCUACGUGAGGUAGAGACAAUGCAACAAGAAGCGGCGUUGCUAAAAUUGCAGAUGGCUGCUGUGCAGAAGGAAAUUGCUAAGGUAGAGCAAGAUUCGUCGACAUCAAUGAGAACCCUUCUUGAACUGGACACGAUCAAGCUGCGGAUGAUGGAUGCCAAUCAGGCACUGAGAGAAGCCGACAAUUGGACGACUCUCUCAGCUGACGUCGACCAGGUAUUCCAGAGUGGCGACGUGCAGGCGAUCACGGAGAGGCUUGUGGGUCUCCAGACAAGCUUAGAGAUACUUGUGGAUGUUCCUGAUUACGAGCAACGCUUGCAAAAGCUAGAAUCGCUCAAGAACCAACUGGAGGCCAUGCUGAGCCCGCUCUUGGUACAGGCAUUUACGACACAAUCGAUCGAAGCUGCUAAGUCUUACGUGCGCAUUUUUUCCGAUAUAAAACGAAUGCAGCAGCUACUAAAAUAUUACCACAACUGUCACAGAAACAAGCUUGUCGACGCUUGGCGCAAGAUCGUCGACAGCGAGGUCGAUGACACGUUUCUUGAAUGGCUGAACAACUUCUACGACGUUCUCGUAGCGUCGUGGCACUCCCAGGUGACGUGGUGCAAUCAGGUGUUCUCUGAACCGCCAGCCGUAUUCAUCCUGUCGGAUGUCGUUGUCGAUGCCAUCUCAAACCUGGACCCCCGUUUGCAGUUCUGUUUAGAGGCCGCUAUGAAACAGCAGAACAGCUCCACAGUUUAUUUAACUGAAGUGCUUCAAGUCUCUGAGCAGCUUUGUAAAAGUCUUGCUCACUCCAUAUCAACUGCCAACCCGGACUUCAUGUCCAGCCCUCAUGUCGUGGCAUUGAUGAAAUCUGUAUUCUCCAUGUUUCAUACCCACCUCGAUUAUGACAAAUUAGAAGAAAAGUGCUUGCUGGGAGAAUUGUCGCUUAUACCAACACAGAGCGAUGACAUUCGAGAUUCUGUAACCCUGUUGUCAGAUUCAGUUUUCAAGGUGUUUGGACUGGCAAAGGAAGCCGAGAAACGCUGCAGCAGUCUUCUUCAUGGGUGUUCAUAUCCAGAACUGUUGAAGUCCAUAAAGGCGCUUUUCCGAGCUUACUUGGAGCGUUGCCAUGCUGUACUGCUGCAGUUGAAGUCUUCAUCAAAGCAAGAUGAAUUGGACAGUUGGACAAUGUUUCAGUAUGCCCUGAAGUGCAUGCAGACAGCAGGUGAAAUCUCAAUCCAACUUGCUGCUUUCGAUAAGAGCAUAACGGCAAACAUCAAAACUGCACUGAAACAACUCCACAUUCAAAAAAGCACAUUUAAUGGGUCUGAUGAAGGCACUGAUGACAUGAAGAGUAACAUUCUGAAUGACCAUGUCGCACUGCUGCUGCCAUCCGUCAUGCAGCGCAGUUUGAGGGACUUUGCUACGCAAGUGCACCUCGAAGACUUUGUUGCAUUCCCAGAAAGCAUGCGGGCCAUUGCAAAACUAUGCACAGAGUUCACCAAAUUCACAUUCGACACUGUCUUUGCAGAAGUGCAGCGCCACUUCAGCGGUGUGCCUUCCCUGAAAGUGUGGUCCUUAGAGAACCCAGAUGGUGUUCUGACAACAGACUUGCCGGCAUUCAGCAUUUCCCCCAUGGAGUACAUCACACAGAUCGGCCAGUACCUGCUAACCAUACCACAGCACAUUGAGCCGUUCAUUGUUGAAGAGAAUGAAGCUUUGUCAACUGCGUUAAAACACAGCAAUCUUCCUCAUGUAAUUGAAGGUAUCAGCACUGACCACGUUGCAGACUACCUGUUGGGCUGUGUGGCCCAGGCCACAAUGUACACGUACAUUGACACAGUGAUGCAGAUCGAGAGGUUGACACGGCAAGCAUCGGCACAACUGGCUACUGAUAUCAGUUACCUGUGCAAUGUGUUGGAUGACCUUGGUUUACCUCCGCUAGAGAGUCUUCAGCAAUUAGUCGCCCUUCUAAAAAGCCCACCCGAAAAGUUUGCAGCUGCUGCAGUUGGAAAACCUAGUCAGCUAGUACAAACAGUGCGUAUGAUAAGAGGAAUACGGUGAACUCGGCUAGGGUGUUUUCUUAUCGAAUUAAACACUUCUCUGCUUA